AUGCGGAGAGGCGUUACGAUAUUCAUUCUCGUCACCGUUGUCAUUAUCGGCUUCGCUGUGCACAGUGUCUGGACAUUACUUGGACUGUUGGUUGCGACUGGCCGUGAGGAUGCCAUCCUGCGCGGCGAGCUGCCGGCCCCCAAUUCGAGUGCUGGCAGCGAUCGCGAGCAGCUGAUCCCCAAGAUCAUCCACCAGACGUACAUCAACGAGAGCAUUCCAGCGCACUGGAAGGGGCCCCAGCAGACCUGCAUCGACUUGCACCCCGACUACGAAUACAAGCUCUGGACCGAUAAGAAGGCCCGUGAGUUCAUCGCCAACGAGUACCCGUGGUUCCUCGAGACGUUUGACGGCUAUCCCUACCCGAUCCAGCGUGCCGACACAAUUCGAUACUUUGUGCUGCACCACUUUGGUGGCAUCUACAUUGACUUGGACGAUGGAUGCAACCGCAGCCUCGACCCGCUUCUCGCAUACCCAGCUUGGGUACGCCGAACUAUCCCCACCGGCAUCUCCAACGAUGUCAUGGGCGCCGUUCCCCGCCACCCGUUCUUCCUAAAGGCCAUCGAUUCGCUGACCGACUACAACCGCCGCUGGCCGCUUCCCUACAUCACAGUCAUGGCAUCAACCGGGCCUCUCUACCUCAGUCUCGUCUGGCGCCACUACAUGAACCAGAGCCCCGAGGGUGCCGACCGUCUGCGCAUCCUCUUUCCCGAGGAGUACAACAACCACGCAUGGAGCUUCUUUACCCACCACGUGGGCAACAGCUGGCACAGGACCGACGUCAAGGUCAUCUUCUGGCUGGGCAAGCACUGGCUCUUCGUGACCCUCAUUGGCUUCACCGUCGGCUUCACCGUCCUCGGGCUGCUAUACAAGAUCUUCUUCCUCAACAAGGGCGCCAAGCAGCCCGGCUCGCCGCGCCUGCGAUCUGCGUACACCCGCCUGCCCUUCUACCGGCGCAUAAGCCAGAAGGACGUCCAGCUCGACGACCGUCACGAGGUCUAA